AUGCUUACCUGGAUCUCGAACAAGUUCUCACAGCGCUUGACUGAGCCUCUUCACGAGACUCGUGCAGCCAUGUUCGUCAACCGGUUCACUCGAACCGCUACGAUCAUGUAUGCCACCAGCGGCGUCUCAGAUAUUCUAGGCGUGCACCCAAACCAGCUUAUCUCCCAGAGCUUUUACUACUGCAUAAAAGAAGAAUGUCUUCGAGAUGCAGUCAGAUGUCUCGAGGGUGCAAAAGCCAAUGACUCCAUUGCCUAUCUGCGAUUUUGGUUCCGGAAUCCGCUCCAAAACGCGAACGACAAUGCCUCAAAUACAGCCACCGAGACGCCCCCGAUCGAGCUGGAGGCUGUUGUCUCUUGCACGUCCGAUGGUCUCGUUGUGAUUCUGCGUCGCGCUCGUGCUCCAAUCCCUACUACAAUUGCCGCAACUCCCCAACCAGCGCCGAUUUACACCAGCGGUGUCUUUGCGGCACCCUGGGCCCCCGAGCCGGUCUUCUCCUACGGGGCUCCUUCCCAAGCUCCUUCUCAUGCUCCCCUACAUGCACCGGGCUUUGCGACUGCCUACCCAGAGCACCGGUCUACUUUAUGCCGGGAUGACCUGGCAUCUGGUUCGGCUGUCCCCCAAGCUGCCCAGCCUGAGGUGAAAACUACUCUUUGCCGAGAGGGCAUGGAAACCAGCUCUGGAAGCGCCUCGGAUUCUGUGUACGGCUCUGAGAAGCAGGCAGCCGGUGGGCCAGGAGAGACCGGCCCCCACUCAUAUCGCCUAAUGGACACCAUUCGCGAGGUCGCUGUCUUUGCAUGGGGAAUUGUGGGAAUCAAUCGCGGCUUGGAACAGUACAAAUGUGGAACACCGACCGGCAAUGCUCAUCCGGGAGAUGCGAUGGACGUGGAUUAUAUCAAGCAGGAGUCGCCGGAUGGUAGAUGGCAGUAA